UUCGGUAGGAUCCGAGGUGAGUACGAGACCCGUUUACCACCGGUUUGAGAGAUAAAUCACCCGCUUACUUUUCCCGAAAAACAAACCGGGUUUGUUUUGAAUACGGAGUCGGUGGUUUGGAGUCCGUGUCUUUCGUUAAUUGAACCCCGAGCAACACAGAGCCGAUUGCUUUUGUGUUGGACUGGAGGGCAACUGAAUGUGUGCAGGAAGAUGCUGCACCCGGGAAUCUGAAUCGGAAGAGGUUUUAGUCUUCAAAAACAAACGUUGAGUUCUCUGAAUGCCCGUUCCGGGGUCCCGUCAGCCAUCCACCUCUUCCAGCUCCAGCAGUAGUGUGGAAUAAAUCAAACCCAACUGGUCUGGUGGGUGGUGUUGGCAAGGAGUCCUCCAUCACAGAAGAAGAGAUGGAGCCCCCAGCUGAUGGAGAGAUGAGGCUUGGGCGAGAUCACGAGGCAGCUAGCAGACUCUCCCCGUCUUCCCGGCCCGAGGCCUUGCUCAACGGCAUGGAAUUGGACCACGGACCCAAGAGCGCGACCCACUGCUUCUCCGCCGGCCCCGUCUCGUUCAUCAGCGGCAACGGAACGUCCCACCUGGUCGCCCCGCACGGCUCGGUCGUCGGCAGCAAUGGGUUUAUCCUGGACAAACGGGGUGGGGGGGGUUCAACCGAUGGCGGGAUUUCCCCAUGCAGGACUAACUGGCUCCCCCCCGGGGCCACGCUAACGGCACACUCUGCCAAAUCCCCCCCCCCUCCCGCCUCCCCCGUCCACGCAAACAGCUCGGACGCCUGGCAGAGCGACGGCGACGCUGGGAUGGCGUCGGGACGCCGGACGCCAGAGACUACAAACGUCCCGGGCCUGUCCGCCACCUCGACCGGCACUCCCCCACCGCCCGUCACUAUCCACAGAGCCCGCAAGACCAUGUCCCGACCUGCUGUCAGCCUGGCGCAGAAGCUUCUCAACAGGGAACGGAGGGAAGCACACUGUGUGAGGCCGGAGGUCGAGAGCGUUGAGAUGGACUCCCACCUCCAGCCUUCCCUCCACCACCAGCUACCUCAGAGCCCAGAGGAGACGACUCCAUGUUCAGCCCCGACCACCUCCUCCUCCCCGGCCACUCCUUCACCACAAGCGCCAACCACCUCCUCCGACGACAAGAUCCCACUGGCGUCUCAGGCUGGGGUGUGGAACUACCGCAGGAAGAAGAGGAAAAUGGGCACCUACACCCUCAUUCCAAAGAAGAAGAGGCGAAUUAUGAAGCAACGGUCGAUCCGGGAGAUGUACAGACGGAUAAACAAACCGGUUCCCAAUCCCCAGCCAAAGGAGGAGAAGGGUUUGAAUGGGGAGAGGAUGGAGAACUCUGAGGACGAGUCUGAGGAGAUGUAUGACUGGGAUGAAGAGGAGCAGGACGAGGAGGAAAAUGGCAAGAGCUCCCAGGACCUGAGCAGCACGUCUGAGCCCGUCUCUCAGGGGGAAGACCAGGAGACUGAGGACUCAGUGGAAGAGGAGGGAGAGGAAGACGAUACAGAGUCAGACUUGAGCUCUGAAUCCAGUCAGAAGAAGAAGAAGAUGCUGAAGAAAAAGAUAAAGCCAGACAGUCCCUGGCUAAUACCAUCCAGGAUAUUGAAAAAGACUAGGGUCAAAGGACCUGAAACCCAAGCCCUGUCCCAGGCCUCAUCCCUGGCCCAGGCUGACUCCCUUAGAGGGUACACCAAGAUCCUCCCCAAGCCUUUUCACCCCAAGGUCCCAGAGAGCCUCUUACCCUUCCAAAACGCUGGCGUCUCCAGGUCGUCCGCGGUGGCCGACUGCCUGGCCCAGGAGAUACCGCUGUGCAGCUGCCGCAUGGAGACGCCCAAGAGCCGCGAGAUCCUCAUCCUGGCGGACAGGAAGUGCAUGGCCACGGAGAGCGUGGACGGCCUGCUGCUGCGCUGCCAGGCGGCGGCGCUGAAGCACGAGAUGAUGCGUCCGGCCAACACGCUGCAGCUGCUGGUGCUGUGCGACGACCACCGCGCCGGCAUGUUCGAGCACCAGUGCUGCCCCGGCUGUGGCUUCUUCUGCAGGGCCGGGACCUUCAUGGAGUGCCAGCCGGACCUCAGCAUCUCGCACCGCUUCCACCGGGCGUGCGCCUCGGUGCUGAAGGGCCACAGCUUCUGCCCGCACUGCGGCGAGGAGGCGGGCAAGGCCAAGGAGGUCACCAUCGCCAAGGCCGACACCACCUCCACCGUGGCCCUGGUGGUCCCCCAGCACCAGGGGCCCCCCACCCCUGGGGCCCUGGAGGGCCGCGCCGACACCACCACCGCCGAGGGCUCAUCCUCUCUGGUGCUGAGUGCUGAACCUGGAGGCAGGGCAGACAGCUCUUUGUGCGUGGGUCCAGGAGACGGUCUGGACCGCUCCGCUCCCCCUGGUUGGCCCAGGAUGAGACCACCUCUGGCUGGACCAGGCGUGGUCGCAACUCCCACGGCCGGGACCCCCCUGGGACCCCCCAAGGACACCCUGGAGACCAUUCUCCAAGCCCUGGACAUGGAGAAGCCAAAGAAAUUGCGGUUCCAUCCGAAGCAGCUAUACACCUCCGCCAAGCAGGCGGAGCUGAAGAAGGUGGUGCUGAUGUUAGUGGACGGCAUCGACCCCAACUUCAAGAUGGAGGCGCAGAACAAACGCACUCCGCUCCACGCCGCGGCCGAGACGGGGCACGAAGAGAUCUGCCACAUGCUCGUCCAGGCGGGGGCUAACCUGGAUAUGUGUGACGAGGACCAGAGGACUCCCCUGAUGGAGGCGUGUGAGGGGAACCACAUGGAGACGGCCCGGUACCUGCUGAGGGCGGGGGCCAGCGUCACACACAAGGACGUCGAAGGCUUCACGUGUCUCCACCUAGCGGCGAAGUCGGGGCACUACAGGGUGGUGGAGUACCUUCUCUCCACCCAGCUCAUCGACAUCAACUGUCAGGACGACGGUGGCUGGACGGCUAUGAUCUGGGCUACGGAGUACAAACACCUGGACCAGGUGAGGCUGUUGCUGUCCAAAGGAGCCGACGUCAGCAUCAGAGACAAGGAGGAGAACAUCUGCCUCCACUGGGCGGCGUUCUCCGGCAGCGUGGAGAUCUCCCAGCUGCUCAUCAAGGCUCACGGAGAGCUGCACGCCGUCAACAUCCACGGGGACUCGCCACUGCACAUCGCCGCACGCGAGAACCGCGUCGAGUGUGUCAUGUUGUUCCUUUCCCAGGGGGCCAACGUAUACCUGAGGAACCGCGAGGGGGAGACGCCCCUGGACUGCUGUGGCCAGACCUCCAAGGCCUGGCUCUGCCUCCAGGACAACCGCAGGCAGAGGCAGGCCCUGAACAACUGCCCCCCGGAGGACACCCAGAAGGUCCUCAACAGAGAUGUUGCCAGGGGACACGAGAGGGUUCCCAUCCCCUGUGUCAACUCUGAGGAUGGACAGACGUGUCCAGAGAACUACAAAUACAUCCCUGUGAACUGCGUGACCUCGCCCAUGAACAUAGACCGCAACAUCACACACUUACAGUACUGCGUAUGUAAAGAGGACUGCUCAUCCAGCGUGUGUAUGUGUGGACAGCUCAGCCUGCGCUGCUGGUACGACAAGGCUGGCCGUCUGCUGCCAGAGUUCUGCAGGGAGGAGCCCCCCCUGAUUUUUGAGUGCAACCACGCGUGUUCCUGUCGGAGGACCUGCAAAAACCGCGUGGUGCAGAACGGACUGAGGAUCAGACUGCAGCUGUUCAGGACCCCUAAGAAGGGCUGGGGGGUACGGGCGCUACAAGACAUACCGCAGGGCACUUUUAUUUGCGAGUAUGUGGGGGAGAUAAUCUCAGAGGAGGAAGCUGAGAUGAGAAAAAACGAUACCUACUUGUUCAGCAUGGACAACAAGCCAAAGGACGUUUACUGCAUCGACGCCCACUUCUACGGGAACAUCAGCCGCUUCAUCAACCACAUGUGCGAGCCUAACCUGUUCGCGUGUCGGGUCUUCACCAGCCACCAGGACCUGCGAUUCCCUCACAUCGCGUUCUUUGCCUGCGAGAACAUCAAGGCUGGAGAAGAGCUUGGGUUCAACUACGGUGAACUCUUCUGGGAGGUGAAGAGGAAGCAGUUCAGUUGUGAGUGCGGCUCUCCGAAGUGCAGGUACUCCUCAGCGGCCUUGGCCCUGCUGCAGGCCGACAGCACGCCGGGCGACCGGCAGCAGCCCAGCACUCUGCCCGACACCAGCUCUUCCCACGGCCCAGCCACCUGAACCCCCUGGAGAACCGGGGGUCCACCUCGAGAUCCACCAUCUAGCUGGAGGACCGGGCUACACCCGAAGAAGCCGUUUCUACCUUGAAGAUCCUGGAUCUAUCUGGAGGAACCGGGCUAUACCCGUAGAUCCUGGUUCUACCCGGACAUUCUCAGUCCACCUAUAGAACCAGGCUCUAGAGAUAGUCUAGAGAACCUUGUCCUCACUCGUCGAACCUGGGUUCCACAUUGACAACUCUACAACUUGGAGCUUAAAAACGUUGAUCCCCACACGAAGAACAAACUGCUCCAUGUAGAAACUGUCCGGUUCCCAAGCCUGUUCUGCCGUACUCACCACCAGCCACAUUUAUAUGAAUAGACACUCACCCAUACAUACAUGAAUGUACAUGAAUACAUGUGUGUACUUUCUGACUCACACAGUAGAACAUGAAUACAUGUACACAUACAUACACACAGAUGGACUUCUUCACUCGCAAGACCUGUACAGUCAGCCUCUUCACCUCCCCCCCCCCCCCCCCCCCCUCUGAAAAUGAUGGGCAAUUGCCACAGGACUGUCAAGCCCAUCCAAGACAGUUACGCACACAAUCAUAUGCACAAUUCACUUGUGCAAAAAUGCACCACUACUUCACCAUUCAAACUUGUGUAAUAUACCAUUAGGGGGCAGUACAGACAAGCAAACCUAAUCUAUCUUUUUUUGUCAAAUCCAUCUUUUCAAAAACCUUUCUUGGGAGAUGCAUCUUUUUACCGUGAUUACAAUAGAAACUUUGUCCAAAUUGAGUAAAUCUAUUUUCUUGUGGCCACAAUUAUGAAAUUGGACUUUCAGAGAGAUGGCAUGUUUUUGAUGAAGACAAGACAAAUGGAUGGGAGCAACUUGGUAGACGUCUAUAGUUAAUUAGCAUGUACCAUUCCAUCUAGAGAGCCCUAGUCCUAGUGCUUGUAUUCCUGAGUUUGUCUGAAGAAAAAUGCUCUGAACUAGUCGAUUUCAAAGAUAAACAGUGGACUUCGAGUGGAAUUGUGGAAUAAUGAAAAAGUUGUUGGCAAAGUUAUCUAUGCCUACUUCAGUUUACUGAAAAAAAGUAGCCUCUCAGAAAAAACAUACCAUUUAACCAAAAUGCUGGAUAUGUUUUCAACAGGGGUUCACAUUCUGCCAUGGUAUUAGAACAUCAUUUUGAUAAAAAAUCCUUUAAACUCGCCCCUGAAAAUCAAGGUGUGUGGUGCUAACAUUUUUGAUGUCUCUUUGGCUAUAGUUGGUGAAAAGGGGCAUCUUGCUACGAAAUAUCAAUUGACAAUAAAUAUCAAUUGACGGCAACCAAUAGUUCUUGAAUCAAUAACUUUGCAACCGUUUGAUCCCAUUCAAGCAGUGAUGAGCAUGAAAAGGUGCUAAAGAAGCAUUUUCUUUGGUUUCCAUUUUAUAUUUUACUCAAGUGAAUAUAGAUGUAAAAUAACGUUUUGUAUGUUACCAAACUCUUCAGUUUUUUUUAACCUGUAGUUACUGUAGUUGGCCUGUUUUUAGUUAUGUUAACAAUGGCCAACCUGUCUUUGUGUCUUCAAAUGGUAUUAGUAAAGCAGUGACUCUUGUUGAAUUGAUUGCAGAUAGACAUUUAAAGAAAAUAAUUAAUAAAAAAAUGCACUUCGGUUUAUGUUCUGUUACAUCUCUGGAUCCUGUACCUAUCAUCUAAUUAGUUGUACCUUUUUCAAUAAAUUUACUACUAAUGCAUCGAUUGAAGUUGUGAUUACUGCGAUGGCCUCCACAAUGUUUUGAUUCUUGUGUAAUCCUCUACGUCUUCUAAUUAGUUGUGGUUUUAUUGUCAGGGCUACCUGCAUUGUUGCACAAAGCCCAUUAGAAGAAGGAUUAUGCCAAACAAAGUAGUGCUGUAGUAACUAUAAUAUAAACAGAUUCAUGUUUGCAUUAUCUGGAAGGUGAUUUAAACGGCAUGUGGAACUUAUGCUCUAGCACAGCAGAAUUUACAUCGGAUGUGUUAAUGCUGAUGCUGUCCGACAUUAUAGUGGUCUCACAGCUCUUUUUUUACCCUGAGAAGGAUCACUAAAGGAUAAAAAUACAUUAUCCUGAACCGACCCUUUAAAAUUUGACAAUCAUUUAACUCAUUUUUUUCUGAUUAAUACCAUUUAAUAUAAAAC